GGCAGCGGGGCUGGCGGGCGAACUGGGCCGGGCCGGAGAAGUUUUCGCUGCGGCUGCUGAGCGAGGGUGCGGGCCCCCGCAGGUAGUGCACGCCCGCUGCCAUGGCUUUCCGUAGGAGGACGAAAAGUUACCCGCUCUUCAGCCAGGAGUUCGUCAUCCACAACCAUGCAGACAUCGGCUUCUGCCUGGUGCUCUGCGUCCUCAUCGGGCUUAUGUUCGAGGUCACAGCCAAGACUGCCUUUCUAUUUAUUUUACCUCAGUAUAACAUUAGUGUGCCUACAGCAGACAGCGAGACAGUCCACUACCACUACGGCCCAAAGGACCUGGUCACCAUCUUGUUCUACGUCUUCAUCACCGUCAUCUUGCAUGCUGUGGUACAAGAGUACAUCUUAGACAAAAUCAGCAAGCGGCUUCAUCUCUCCAAGGUCAAACACAGCAAGUUCAAUGAAUCUGGACAGCUGGUCGUCUUUCAUCUCAGCUCGGUGAUAUGGUGCCUCUACGUGGUCGUAACGGAAGGAUACUUAACGAACCUGAGGAGCCUCUGGGAAGAUUACCCACAUGUGUACCUCUCCUUCCAGGUGAAGUUUUUCUACUUGUGUCAGCUGGCCUACUGGCUGCACUCACUACCUGAGCUUUACUUCCAGAAGGUACGGAAGGAAGAAAUCCCCCGUCAGCUGCAGUACAUUUGCCUGUACCUGCUCCACAUCGCCGGGGCGUACCUCUUAAACCUGAGCCGCCUGGGCCUGAUCUUGCUGCUGCUGCAGUACUCAACUGAGUUCCUUUUCCACAUGGCUCGGCUCCUCUACUUCGCAGAUGAGAACAACGAGAGGCUGUUUAACGCCUGGGCUGCUGCGUUUGGGGUCACACGCCUCUUCAUCCUCACUCUCGCCGUGCUGGCCAUUGGCUUUGGAUUGGCUCGAGUGGAAAACCAGGCGUUUGACCCCGAGAAAGGGAACUUUAACACCUUGCCUUGCAGGCUCGGCGUGCUGCUGCUGGUGUGUGUGGCUCAGGCCUGGCUCAUGUGGCGAUUCAUCCACUCCCAGCUGCGGCACUGGCGGGAAUAUUGGAAGGAGCAGAGUGCCAAGCGCAGAGUCCCAGCUGCCCCCAGGCUUCCAGCCAGGCCCAUCAAGAGGGAACCUGGGUACCAUGAAAAUGGUGUGCUGAAAGCAGAGAACGGAACCUCCCCACGGACUAAGAAACUCAAGUCUCCCUAAGGCCAAAGCGCUGAGAACGGGAUCCACUGGGUGAGGGCCCAGCAGGGAGGCAGAAAGUCCUGGCCCCCGGCUCAGCCUCUGCAUCCUCCUAGCCGUGCUCCGUCUCUAUCACAGAAACCUUGGCAUCGAAGGGGGAGUUGUUUUCUACCUUCUUGGCUUCCUCUUCUUCCAUAAACCAUUUCCAAUAAAGCCAAAAAUCUUCCUGUCCUGCUUCUCGAGGCACCUCAUGUCCUCACCUCUGUCCUGUAUCGGGUCUUCUCACAGGCCUAGAUUCUCCUAGCCAUCUUUCUCGCUCACGUCUUUCUCUUCCUUCCUGACUGCUUCUUGUUCUCCUCACUUCCUGGCUGUAAUGUGCAAUUUCUCUGAUUUUUGUUUUUUUACAAUGAGAGGGAGCUAAGAUUGCAGUCCUAUCUGUCACUCCCAGGACCUGUCAAUCUGGAAGCCUCUUGCCAAGGGGCUUCCCUUGGAGCCGAUGGCAGCUCCUCGGUGGCCUUUGUGUGGAUGGACAUGAGGAGGAAAGGCCGCCCAUCCCUCUCGGAUCACUCUAUUCUUGGUGCUGACUGACUGACAAGAUGUAGGCUUCUGGUUCUACACGUCCCGUCCCAAAGUGGUUUGCUUUGGGACACAGUGACUUAAUCCAGAAAGACAGUGUUAAUUAACUAUUGAGUCCCAGGACUCCAAAGCGCUGCCAGUGCUGUGUUUGGAUUGGAAACCAGCCUGCCUUCACUCUUGGGGGGAAUGUGCUAAGAAGGAUGUGCCUUCCCACGUCUGUCUCAAGAGCAGAGCACGGCUGACUCUUCUGCAGAUGUGUCGUGAUGAGAGUGACAGAAGAGUUGAUCUGGACAUUCCUCCAGCGGUGCCAGCUGCUAUACUCCCUUAACUCAUCCACCAGCAUCCAAAACCAAACCAAACAGCACUUACAAACCUGCCUGAGACGUGCUGUUCCCAAGUCCAGAAGCAACCUGCCCCGUCUGGGGCCAGGCGUGCAACCUUGACUUCAUCUCGAGAGUUGCAGAAACAUGAAGCCUCAAGGACUCCAGCCCUGUGUGCUCCCCUGGUGUCCCGGGAGGGUCACCUGGCCACCCUUCCUCUGGCCUCACCUGAGUGUUCUGUGUCAUUUGCUGAUAUUGUUGAGCAUACCUAGAACCUGACAUUGAGAUGCCUCAGGGUCUCUCUUCUGGCUGUGUGAGUAGCCAUGUCCAUGGGAGUCUGAGGCCCCAUUCCCUUCAUCGUUCUUUCCCCUCUGUUCUACCCGCAGAUGAGGUCACCAGGUCCCGAUGGUACCUUGCGGGAACUUCCAGAGGGAAGUGGGCUUUAAAGGGCCCCUGAACUCUGGCAUAGGGGAGAGGUUCUUGGUGACAGAGGAAUGCUAUUGUUACCUGAUAUGCUGGUCUUCUUCUGACAUCAUGGUAGAGACCAGAGCUUGAAUUUUUUACCCAUAAACGGUGAGAUGGGUCUUCAUCAAGGCAGCUUCCCUUCUCCAAGUCAAUAACAAUGUAUGUAAAGUCUAGCUUAACAAGUCAUUGAGGAAUUUGGUUCCAAACAUCAAUGUGGCAUUGUUUUCCCCUGUGUCUAGGAUAACAUACAGGAUAGGGAUGAGAUUCCCCUUAGGUUUUUCUGGGUAUACCUAGGAAGCAGGACAGAGUUUUGAAAGUAUGUUUCUCCAUUCUUUCCCUCUCCUUCCUGGGAUCUUCCCUCAGCAGCCCCCACAGACUUGAUCUGACACUCUUUAGCCAAGGUGGCCCAUCCAGCCUGGUGGUUGAGUUUAAUUGAGCUCAUGCUUGUGACCCUGCCUAAAGCUGUGUGGAGGUUCAGCCAGUGGUUCCCAAAUUCACCUCACCCCAUUAGUCUAGGUGUCCUCCUGGACCGUCCCCAAGCUACAUCCCUGGGAGACCCUUGCCAGCUCUCAGCAAGAGCUUUGUCCCCAGGCUGAGCUGUUGACACUUGUGAUAUGUGAUAUGUGGAGGUCUUGGAGAAAGAGAGGUACAAAGAGCAGCUGAUGUCUUGGCUCCAGCAGACCCAUCCCUGUGUGGGUUUUUGUUGUUCUUUCCUGGGAUGCUUGGAAGCCUGGCAUGAUGUGGCUUCAUUCCUUAAAUGUCUUGCAAGCUUCCCAUGUUGCUCAUUUUUGGAUGUAUUACCAGGAAUCCAAUAGCUGGGAUUGAUGCAGGCUAUUCUAGAAUAUAAGGGUUUGGUCAGUGGUAGGAGUUAAGACAGUGUUCAUUUUUAGAUAAAAGGCCUGAGACCAAGGGUCAUACCUCACCAGCCUCGACUACAGGAAUGUGUGGGGGCUUAUGAGAACUCUAGGCUGUGUUCUCAUCCACUCAGCCUCUCUGGCAUUGGUGUUGUAGGAAAGCCAAGACUUUGGUAAGUUGGCACAACUUGCAUUGCCAGAAUUACAGUAACUAAGUUCCACAUCAUCCUGUGGGCAUGCAGCUAGCUUGUUCUAAGUUGGGCACAGUGGCCUCAUUCUUCAUUUUUACGAAGUCUCUCCUGUCCCCAAAGUGCCCCAACCCUAGUGAAGGACCUUCCAUGCUCCUCCAAGGUUAAGAUGCUCAGCAGCAUCCACCAAGACCAGAACAUGCUCAUCUCUACCUCAGCAGCCAUUGCCUGUCUCAGCAUCCCUGUCUCAGUAUCCCUGGGACGCCGGCAGGCAGGAGUGGCAGGAGUGGUGGAUGGAGACUUCCCUCUUGCCAGUGCCCUUCUCAGAGGCCUGGUGAUGGAACAGUCAUUUUUACAAGUUACUCAGGCUUGGGUGCCCACACUAUGAAUAAGCUCUGUGUGUUCCUCCUACAGUCCACUGGUCCUGGGGGGAAGGGAAGCUGACUAAAACCAGUCAGUCUUAACCCUGUGUGCCUGAAUGGUUGUGGCCAUAACCAUCUGACCUGUCUAAGGGUGACCUUAAGUCACUUAAAUUUAGACGUCUAUGCCCUGGCUGUGGACACCAUGCUUUUGUGGAAAUACCUGGGACUGUAAGAGCCCAUGAAGGUGGAUUCCUCCUUCUUAGUACCCAUUGGCAUUUUUUUCUAAGUGGUUAAAAAAAAAAAGUAGGAGCAGAAAGAGUGCAUUCUUUAAAAAAAAUCUACAAUGCUCACUUCGAUUCCAUGUGUCCUUAAAGAAAUCCACUGACUCCUUCAGCUAGGGAAGGCCUUCGUUUGUAUUUGUUUUUACUGGGCUCCAGCCUUCUCAGUUGGGUUUGCAGAAGUCUGGACUAGGAGAAAGUAGAGGGUCUAGACAUGGCUAACUUACUCUGCUUAAGGGCCUCUGUGUCUCCAGUAGACAAAUUGGCAUUCUUGAUGUCUGACCUCUGUUCUGCACUGGUGCGGAAUGGACGUGAGUAAGGUCUGUGAGUCAGAACAGUCAGGAGGUCGUCUGCCUCCCACAGCCUCCUGAGCUUGCAGCUUCUUUCCUCAAAAGAGGGGGACUUUUGAAAACAUCUGCAGGGUCCCUCUCCAGCCCGUAGUCAGCAUUCGGAGGAUGCGUUUGCCAACUUCUCACCCUUCACCCUGCGUCUUGUGCAAGCGUUCUUUCUGCCACUCACUCUUUCGAAGCUCUGCAAGUGAGGAGGAGAGUCACACUCUCUGUUCUUGUCCUCAGUGGGUCCUUGCUCUCUUGUGUAAGAAGUGCCUUAUAUUGCCUUGUGGCCUUCACUGGUACUGUAUGGCCAGCCCCCAACUGCCAGGGCUCUAGGGCUGACCGGCGUAUGCAGCCAAUGACACCAUACCUCAGCACGGCUCCAGGUAAAAGGGAUGUGGGUUGACAGUUUCGCCUCGUGUGUUCUGACCCUUUUCUCCGUCACACACAGAUCUCGAGUGUUCUCAGCUUUGUCUCUAGUUUCCCAUAGUCUGUUGCCUUUGGGCUUGGCUGGUGGCUAUGGAAGCUUGUGAGGUGGCCCAGCUGCAGACGCCCAGGCCUCCUGUGUAAUAAGGGAAGCUUGGGGGUUGGGAAGAAGGUCACCUCCUUGUACCCCUGGCCCUGCCCUUCCAGUCUCCUCACACCCACCCCGGACUAGAGACAGCACCCCCCUCCAACCUGUUUUACUUCCACGUUGCCCAAGUUCGUGUGAGGAUCAUGCUCGCUUGUACUUCUGCUUCCAAGCCUUAGCUCAUCGGGGACCUGUGGUCCGGUAGCUGCAAAGCUCCUGGAUUCCAGUCAGGGUUACCUUGUGUUGGUAGCACCAUCCCCCUCCCUGACCCUUGCCUGCCUCUUCCCACUCCUCUGUUCCUGCUCCUCCGGGUCGUGCAAUAACCCUCCAGCCAGUGGUCUUUCCCACAGGCCUUUGUCCCUCGCUGUAUCCUGCAUGGUGGGAGGGAGGGGACCCGUGAGAGGGGUCGUCAUCACCCUUACACAAGUGUCAGUCCCUUCCCUUUCUUGCUUCUUUCUCAUGAUCCUGGGUGGGUUUCUGUGGCAGUCUCACAGAAUGUGUAGUAUCGCCUUAGAAACUCUUACAUUGUUUUAAAUUUUUAAAAAUGUGUUGAAAAGAAAAAAAAAUCCUCAGACAUCGACUGUCGAUGUCUGGGAAUAAGGUCUGCUCUGGUGUUGCUGACAUUGCUGUCACCACCAAAGGCAUUCCAGAGUUUCUUGUUCCUGUGGGGAGGAUAGAGAUUUUUCCAAGAAUCAGCCACAGUGGUGAGCCCUGACCCCACAGGACCUGACUGUGACAGUGAGCCCUGUCCCCCAACAGGACCUGACUGUGACAGUGAGCCCUGUCCCCCAACAGGACCUGACUGUGACAGUGAGCCCUGUCCCCCAACAGGACCUGACUGUGACAGUGAGCCCUGUCCCCCAACAGGACCUGACUGUGACAGUGAGCCCUGUCCCCCACAGGACCUGACUGUGACAGUGAGCCCUGACCCCACAGGACCUGACUGUGACAGUGAGCCCUGACCCCACAGGACCUGGCUGUAACAGUGAGCGCUGUCAUUCUUUUGGGUACAAACUGGCAGGCAGUGAUGAAACCUCACUUUUCAGUUACUCUGUUUGACAAACACCCAAAGGAUGAGCUGAGGAGCUGGUCCCUGUGCAGCUAGAAAUGCAAAUGUGGACACAUUGACUGAUUUUCUGCAUUAGCCUGUUCAUGUUACGGACCAAAUUCAACAAGGAACUCAAGGAAAAUGCGGACCUCCGUAUUUAUGCUUUCAUGUAAAAGGGUUGGGAGGGAGGGAUGUCUUUUUACUUUGGUAAAAAAUUUUCAAAGUCCUUUUUUCCACUGUUUCUGUCUGGUUUUGGAAACAAGCUGCAGUUUUGUAUGGAUUUUUUAAAUGUACAUUUUGAAACAAAUGAUCAAAUAUUUUCUGAAAUACCUGAAUAAAGGGCAUAGAGUUAUUGGUUGUUAAUGGUCUCUGGUAGAACUCACUGAUGUGUUUUUAUGUGGUAAUAUGUUUUAGUCUUGAUUCUACCGUUUGUUCUCACUUUGAAAAAAAAUGAAUCCGUGUCAACUUUA